ACGAUACCGCAGUCGAGAAAAAUUCCUUCAAAACGCAAUCAAAACCGUAAUCUUCGGUCGACUUAAUAUUCAUCGUUCUUAUCUCUCUCUCUCUCAUUCGGAAGUUUGCAAGGGUUUUCUUUCCGGCCGCCGCAUCCUUCGUUUGUUGAAUUUAUUUUGAGGAUCUAUUUUUGGGGAGUUGAAACAUAACGCACCGGUCAUACGAUUCGUUCUAUAUUUCAAGAAGAAUUUAAUUUGUGAGUAAUGGUUCAUUAAUUCUGCUGGUUUUCGUAUCGUUUUGCUUUGUUUCCGUUUUGCGUGUCUAGCUGGUUUGAAUGUCUGGAUCUGUUGUACCUUAUUAUUCUUAGGAAAUUAUCUUGAAGAGGGUUUGGUUUUGUUUUUUUCUGUUUAAUGGGUGUAUGGUUUGGUUUGAAGGGUUUAUAUACGGUUGAUGCCAUUGAGAUUUUGUAUUUUGCUUUCAUUCUUCUUUCGGAUUUCUGGGGGAAGGUUUAUUUAUCUACUUUAUGUUUGCGAAAGAUGUAAUCUAUUGUGAUGAUAAAGUUUUGAUUUCUAUGCUUAAUUCAAUAGACUUUUGUUUUUUUGUGUAAAUUAAUUUUGUUGAGGGAAUAAAUUUCAAUGGUGUAUUUUGUAAAAUCUCAUUUAUUAUUUGCAAAUAAUUUUGGAUGUUCAGGAUGGUUUGAUUUGGUUUAAUUAUUUUUUGUCUCAAGAAACAUUGAUAUUUUUGUUCCUUUUCAUUUUUAAUUCAAAGGCGGUGGAAAUUUUGCUGUGUUUUUUGUCGUAAAUUUCCAUUGUACAUUCAAAUAUUGGCAUGAUAAGUAAAAUUGGUUUAUACAAGCUUUCAACUGUUUGUGAUGGUAGGUUUUUGCGGUAGUGACAAAUUUGUUGUUCUGAUGAUAUCAAUGCUGUCUUUGAGAAUAUCAACAUGACUAUCAUAAUUUUGAUUUAGUAUUUCCACACUGAGUUGUCCCUUUUGUUGUUGCGAAUUGACUUUUUUGAGGUUGUGGUUGCAACUUUUUCGUUGCUCUUCCCUGCUGUUUACUGUAUUUGUUUGCUUCUUGUUGCAAGUUUGUACUCUUACCUUACCAUGUUCCAUUGUUGAUGAUCUGUGCAGGUAUUGAAUGUUCUAAUGGAGUCUAAAGGUGGGAAAAAGAAGUCUAGUAGUAGUAAGUCCUUAUUCUACGAAGCUCCCCUCGGAUACAGCAUUGAAGACGUUCGACCAAACGGAGGAAUCAAGAAAUUCAGAUCUGCUGCAUACUCCAACUGCGCUCGCAAGCCAUCCUGAUACCCCUAAAUAGGUUUCCGGAUCACGUCUCUGGACGUAAUAAUAAGCGUGACAAAACUGUCAAUUUUUAUUUUUGUAGAUUUUAGUUUUGCCCCCUGCUCCUUUUCUUCGGUCUUUCUUCUACUCCUGUGUGUCUUGUGGUUAUCACCACCUCUGCAACGGAAAUGGCUUUGCCAGUCUCUGCGAUUGGUUUCGAAGGUUACGAGAAAAGGCUUGAAAUUUCCUUUUUCGAGCCAAGCUUCUUUUCUGAUCCUGAGGGUCGCGGCCUUAGGGUUCUUACCAAAGCACAACUGGAUGAGUUCCUCCAACCAGCUGAAUGCACCAUCGUUUCAUCAUUGUCAAACAAGAAUUUUGACUCUUACGUCCUUUCUGAAUCAAGCCUCUUCAUCUAUCCAUACAAGUUGAUCAUCAAAACUUGUGGAACAACUAAGCUGCUUCUGUCAAUCCCUGCCAUCCUGAAGUUGGCAGAGUCGGUUUCUCUCUCUGUACGGGAAGUGAUAUACACACGUGGCAGUUUUAUUUUCCCUGGGGCUCAAUCAUUUCCCCAUCGCAGCUUCUCUGAGGAAGUUGCCACCCUUGAUGGUUAUUUUGGAAAGCUUGGUUCAGGCAGCAAGGCUUAUGUGAUGGGCAGUUCUGAUGAUGGUAAGAAAUGGCAUGUUUAUAGUGCCUCUGCUGGGUCAGCGCAAUCCGCUGAACCUGUCUCCACACUGGAGAUGUGUAUGACUGGCUUGGACAAGGACAAGGCUUCUGUCUUUUACAAGAGCGAAUCUUCUUCUGCGGCUCUGAUGACUGUGAAUUCUGGGAUACGUAAGAUACUCCCUGAGUCUGAGAUAUGUGAUUUUGAGUUUGAUCCUUGUGGUUAUUCAAUGAAUUCUAUUGACGGGUCUGCACUGUCGACCAUCCAUGUUACACCUGAAGAUGGUUUUAGCUAUGCAAGCUUUGAAGCUGCUGGAUAUGAUCUUAAAGCACUGAAUCUGGGCAUGCUGAUUGAAAGGGUGUUGGCUUGCUUCUUGCCAUCUGAGUUUUCUAUUGCCGUUCAUGCGGAUGUUGCCUCUGUACCUGUGGAGCUUACACGCGCCUUGGAUCUGAAAGGGUAUUCUCUUGGCGAGGAUUGUUAUGAAGAGCUGGGACUAGGUGGUUCUGUUGUGUACCAGAAGUUUGUUCGUACUGGGUCUUGUGCUUCACCCAGGUCAAUUCUGAAAUGCUGCUGGAGUGAUGAAUCUGAAGAAGAAAGGGAGUAGCAUUGGGGUUUUUUCUUAGUUUUUUUUUUUUUCUUUUUAAGCUCCUAUCAUAUCAUUUGAUGAGCAAUAUCUUUGCUGUAAAAUAAAAAGCAUAUGUCCUUAUCAUGCUUGGCAUAUGUGGUAAGACUUGUUUUCUUGUGUGUUUUUUUUCUUUCCGAGUUUCAACUGGUCUUGGCAUUUUUGAGGCCUUACAUAUUACUAUUUCGGCAUCAUUUCUGUUUAAGCUAUUAUUAUGAAGUUUAUGAACCAGUUUUUAUCUUAUUAAUCUUGGUGUUGCUGAAUGUCCUUAGUUUUUCCUGGCAUGUGUAUUUAAUGUUGUUUCCUCGAUAAGCAAUCCAAGAUUCUGGUAAUACCCAA